UUUCCCGCAGAUUUUGGCCUUUCUCUUCCUCUCUUACUUUCACUUUGACGGCUACUUUUACUUUUAUAUUCUAGUAGGAUAUAUCUACGCCUUGAAUUAGACAGCGAAAUUUAGAAAACGCUGUGCUGCUGAACAAAAAAUGCGUACCCUAGUCUUUCUCCAUGCCUUUGCACUAGUUUGCGUACACAGCAGGAUUAUGAAGGAUGUUGAAAAUAUAAGGUCGAUAUGCGGCGAGGAUUCGGUUCUGAGAUGUAAAGCAAAUUCUGUACCUGGGGUCAAGUACCGGUCAGUGAGGUGGUACAAGCUGGGUGAGGAGCCCUAUAAUAAGGAGUCUGGUCUAUUGAUGAAGAGGCUAUCACCUAACAGCACCACCCUAUGGUACGCAGGCCUGGAGCGUAAAGUGGAACUUUUGGCUGAUAAUUCUUUUGAUAUCUUCCUGCCCAAUGUAACGGCUGUUGAUAGCGGGAGGUACAAGUGUCUCCUGGCAGCACCUGUAGGAGAGCAGAACCAGGAGGGCCAGGUUCACCUCAGAGUGACAGGUUGCCUUUACAAUAAGUCCACAGACCAAUCAGAAAGCAAUACCAUCCUAGUUCUUUCCAUUGUGGGGCUUGUGGCAGCAUUGCUGAUAUUCACCAUCAGCUAUGUAACCGUUAUGAAUAUGUUACCACCAAGGAUCAAGAAGAAUCCACAAGAACAACUUCUAGAUGCACCCUUUGAGAAGAAGGAUUUCAUGUUGAUCUACACUCCGGGGCCAAACUGGUCAGGACAGGCUUCCAAAAAACAUGUCUGUGUGUGAGAGCCUGUUCUGCUAGUUUGGGCUCAUUGUAUACUUGAAUGAGGAAAGGCAGAGAAAGAGUAGUGCACUUUUGAAGCUGAGCAAGGAGCCAAAGAGUCAUGUCUACUUUCCAGAGAGUUCACAUCUAGAGCAGAUGGA